ACCCACACGGCAAGUCUUGCGUAUAAAGAAGCGUUGGCUGUUACGGAGGAAACUCGACUAUCGCCCGAACCAUAUAAUCUUCUCAGGAAAUCCCAUCUGAAACUUGUCGAAUGUGCUUCUCUGGGCUUUGCUUCAAUCGGUUAAAGCCCCUAUCUUUCGCUGGCUUUUUUUAGGUUUUCGAUCUUUGUCUUGUUGGCAGUUCCUGAGUUUCUCUAGGUUUUCCGGUUGUUUUCAGGUGUAAGAAUUUGGGAAAUCGGUUGCGAUUUUGUCUUGCUGAGGAAGUGAAUUCAGAGUGGAUUAAGUGAGAUUCUUGCUGGUUCGAGGGUUUUUGUCAGUUUCUGUUUUAGCAAUGAGUGGUGUUCCCAAGAGAUCUCAUGAAGAGGGUGUCCCUCAUUCUUCUUCUUCUUCCAAAUUCCCUCACGAAGAUUCAGGUUCUUACCCAAAGCUGACACCGCCGCCGCCGCCUCCGUUGGCUCCUCCGGCGGCUCAGGUUCAUCUGCAGCAUCAUCACCACCAAACCCAUCUGCAGCCACCGCAACCUCACCCCCUUCCUCAUCCUCACACUCUCUCGCAUUCUCACCCACAUGGACCUUACGAGCUGGAUUCUAGACCAGCCAAGGUUCAGAGGGCUGAGUCUAGAGAUACCGAGAGGCGCUCCCCUCUGCAUUCGGUGUACAAGGUACUGCCGUCGUCGAUUUCGAAUGAUACCCAUAUGACUCAUGUCCCUGUGUUGGAGCCAAAAGAGAAUAAGGAUGGGAGGGAGAUUAGGGUUGAGAACCGGGAGAACAGGAGUGAAGCGAGAGAGGUGUAUGGUGAGGCGAAAAGGGAUCAUCAUAGUGGUAAGGGAGAAAGGGAUGUGAAGUUUGAGAGCAGAGCCGGUGAUAAUGGAGGCAACAAUAAUGGCAGCUGCUAUGGUAGAGAUACGAAAUUUGAUAAGGAAAAUUGUAAUGACCAGAAGGCUGAGUUUAAGAUGGAAAAGGAGGGACACGGUCAUUUGGCAUGGAAAGAUCAGAAGGAUUACCACAGAGGGAAAAGAUUUGGUGAAGGCUCCGGUGGAAAUAUCGACCCAUGGAUUGCAUCUCGUGGAACCCUGCAAGGCCCAAGUGAGAUUGGGGGUAAAGAAUUCUCAGGACCUGAGGAGGGAGCUUGUUUAGAAGGACAUGAGACUGUUGGAGAGAAUAAAGUUGAUGCAAAAAUCGAUGAUAGAUUUAAAGACAAGGAGAAGAAACGCAAAGAGUUGAAGCACCGAGAAUGGGGAGAACGGGAUAAGGAAAGAAAUGAUGGCAGAGGAUCCUUGCAGAUUGGUGGUGUCACAGGUGAGACCAAAGAAAUUGGAAGAGAAGAUAGAGAAGCAGAUAGAUGGGAACGGGAGAAGAUGGAGCAGAAGGACCGGGAUAGAUUAAAAGAGAGAGAGAAAGAUCACAUCAAAAGAGAGGCAUGGAGUAAUGCUGAGAGAGAAGGCACACAGAAUGAUAAAGAGUUGGGAGAAGCAUCAGUGAAACUUCCAGAACAGGAAAAUAUGACGUCUGAACAGAAGAAGCCAAAAGAUGCAGAUAACUGGAAAGGUGGUGCCGAAAGAGAGUCAAAGGACAAAAGGAGGGAGAGAGACAGUGUUGAAGAAGGAGAGAGAGCUGAAAAGCGUAGCAGAAUCAAUGAAAAAGAAUCCGAAGAGGGAUUGGUGGAUGGUGAAGGAGCAACAGAGAAAGACAAGGAUGUCCUUAAUAAUGGAGUCCAGCAGCGAAAGAGGAUGCUUCGGCCAAGAGGCAGCCCACAAAUGACUAAUCGUGAUCGUUUCCGUUCACGGGCUCAGGACAAUGAAGGAUCUCUAGGCAAAUCAGAAGUGCCGACUGUUACUUACAAAGUUGGAGAAUGCAUGCAAGAAUUGAUUAAGCUAUGGAAGGAAUACGAAUCAUCCCAUCCUGAUAAAAGUGGGGAUUUCGCAAAUAAUGGUCCCAUUCUUGAAGUUCGGAUUCCAGCUGAUCAUGUUACUGCUACCAAUCGCCAAGUGAGAGGUGGCCAACUAUGGGGAACAGAUAUAUACACAGAUGAUUCAGAUCUUGUUGCUGUUCUCAUGCAUACAGGUUACUGCCGACCCACAGCUUCUCCUCCUCCACCGGCAAUUCAAGAAUUGCGUGCUACUAUCAGGGUUUUACCUUCACAAGAUUGCUAUACAUCCAAGCUGAGGAAUAAUGUCCGUUCCCGAGCGUGGGGAGCUGGGAUCGGAUGCAGUUACAGGGUUGAGAGGUGCUAUGUUGUGAAGAAAGAAGGUGGAACUAUUGAACUCGAACCAUGCCUUACACACUCUUCUACAGUUGAGCCUACACUUGCUCCUAUGGCUGUCGAGAGAUCUAUGACUACCAGAGCUGCAGCUUCGAACGCUUUGCGGCAACAAAGAUUCGUACGAGAAGUUACCAUACAGUACAAUCUCUGCAAUGAACCUUGGAUUAAGUACAGUAUCAGCAUGGUAGCUGAUAAGGGUCUAAAAAAGCCCCUCUUCACAUCGGCACGCUUGAAGAAGGGAGAAGUUUUGUACUUGGAAACACAUUCAUGCAGGUAUGAGCUGUGUUUUGCUGGAGAGAAGAGCAUGAAAGCUGUACAAGCAUCACACUCCUCCCAUGAAGCUGAGACAGAUAAGAAUCAUCACGCUCAUAUGCCAAACGGGGAGAAAACAGAUUCGGAUAACGUUUUAGUGGAUGUAUUCCGCUGGUCACGUUGCAAGAAGCCGCUCCCUCAGAAGGUCAUGCGUUCUAUCGGGGUUCCACUCCCUCCCGACCAUAUCCAAGUGAUAGAGGAGAGCUUGGACUGGGAAGACGUACAGUGGUCGCAGACUGGUGUGUGGAUUGGUGGCAAAGAGUAUACACUUGCUCGCCUUCAUUUCCUCUCUCCCAAUUAGGAAAGAACAAAUUUUUUUUAUAAAAAAAAGAGCUUCAUAACCAAUGGAUGAUUUGUAUUUUGUCUUUCUCAUGUUAUUACAGAUUGUUUUCUGCUUUGUCGGUUUUACAAAAAUAUAUUUAUAUGAAUUCAUUCUUCAGACA